CUCAGGAAGCCCCAUCCUGUCUGCUGCAUGGACAGCAGCAGAUCUUCAGACCCAGGAAGGGAGAGGACACUCAUCCAUUCUCUUCCAGUGAAGCAACCAACCUGGGUCCGAAGGUUGUGUGAUGGGUGGGGAUGAGAGCAGAGCGGUGCCACAGUCUGAGCUCUGGGUGUCCCACAGCAGCACGUGGCAGUGAGGGACACCGUGGUGACAGGCUGGGCUGUCUGUGCUGCAGACAGAGAGCUCAGAGGUGGCUGAGCCCCCAGAUUCACAGGAUGUUACAUUGGGGCACACAGCCAUAGGGCAGAGUGCUCCGGGAAGGUCGGACAGUGCAACAAGAGCCAGCACCUCUGUGUUUGACUCAGCUGAGAUAAGGCACCCAGAAAGUGCGUCUUUUUACCCUAACGAGCCCCGUGACAGCCAGGUCACCCACAGGGAAGGGCUGAGUGCCCCAGCUGGGCCAUGCUGAUGUCCUGCCCUGCCCCCAGGGAACAAUCCUGGGACCCCCAGCAGGACCACCCUCCUGUUCCUUCAAGAGUGUGUGACCCAGGGCACUGCAGACUGGAAACAUCACUCUCACCUCUUAUCCCUGCUGAGGCUCAAAAUGAAAGUGUUAGGAUUGGUGAGAGGGGAGAAAGAACGGAAGUGUAUGUGUGAGAGGAGAGCAGAGGAAUAAGGGUUAACCAUGGUCAAAGACAAGGUGUGACCCAGCUGCUGAAGGACUCUUCUACAUGAUUCCAUUCAAAUGAGGAGGAGGAACUUACUGGGCAAGGGUAAGGUGUCAGAAAAAUGCAGAAGGAGCCGGGCUGUAAAUACACACAUUAAUCAAUCAAGAGUUUUCUCUAACUUUCUGAUGAAGUCUGAGGUAAAAUAAUGGGGAGAUGACCUUCAAGCAUUGUCCACUUCCAAAGGACAUAAAGUGGAGCCCCAGCUGGGCUCACUGCAGGCAGCAGAGGAGCCCUGAGCCGUGGUGAGGACACACAGCAGCUCCGGAGCCACAGGUGCCUUCCCAUGAUGUUCAUUAACAAGAAGCUCUUCAGCACUGCCUUGCUCGGGCUGCUGGUCACACUGUCCAUCAUCGCCCUCAUCCUCAGCCUGGUGAGGGUUGAAGAUGUCACCCUGCCACCCACAAUCCAGUACGGGAUGGUGUUUGAUGCAGGCUCAUCCCACACCUCUCUGUUUGUCUACGAGUGGGACUCGGACAAGCAGAACAACACCGGUGUGGUCAGCCAGACCUUGUCCUGUGAUGUCCAGGGGCCAGGCAUAUCAAGCUAUGCCGAAGAUCCCCCGAAAGCUGGUGCUUCCCUAAGAGAGUGCCUGGAUGAAGCCCUGAAGGUCAUUCCUGCUGCAAAACAGAGGGAUGUCUCAGUUUACUUUGGAGCGACAGCUGGCAUGAGGCUAUUGAGGGAACAGAACAGCUCAGCUGCAGACCAAGUCCUGGCUGAAAUCGCUAAAACCAUACAAGAGUAUCCUGUGGCUUUCUGUGGGGCUCAGAUCAUUACAGGAGAAGAGGAGGGAGCUUAUGGUUGGAUCACCAUCAACUACCUGCUGGAGUCCUUCACCAAGUACUCCCCAAAAGCACACACGUGGGUCCAUCCAGAGGCAGCCAACAGUUUUGGGGCUCUGGACCUUGGAGGAGCAUCAACUCAGAUCAGCUUUGCCCCCAAAGGUUCAGUCAUAAAAUGGAACGAAACCUCCACAUUCACGCUGUAUGGAUACAACUACAACAUCUACACUCACAGCUACAUCUGCUAUGGGCAGAACGAGAUGUGGAAGCGCCUGGCAAAGGAGUUAAUUGUGGAGUCGUCCUCCAGCACACUAGUUGAACACCCUUGCUACCCCAAAGACUACAAGGAAACCAUCUCGCUGUCUUCCUUCCGCACCAGCCCCUGCACCAACCAGAGUGACCCACGUCUGCCUCUUGAUGACAGAAAUGUGACCCUGGAGGGCAGGAGCAACAGCAGCGAGUGUUUGGUUGCCAUCAAGAAGCUCUUCAACUUCUCGGCAUGUGGACAGAGCCAGGACUGCUCCUUCGAUGGCAUCUACCAGCCCCCCGUCAGCGGGCAGUUCUUUGCCUUUUCUGCUUUUUACUACAACUUCAAGUUUCUCAACCUGACCGAGGGACAGUCGCUGGCCACCGUCAGGGACACCAUUGAGCGAUUCUGUGCAAGAACCUGGGAGGAUCUGUCUUCCAGUUACCCUGAGGAGAAUCCUGAGCGACUGCCUAAAUACUGCGCCAACGCCAACUACAUCCUCACACUCCUCCUCGAUGCCUACAAGUUCAAUGAGACCAGCUGGAACAACAUCUUCUUCCAGAUGAAGGUGGGGAGCACCAACGUGGGCUGGACUCUUGGCUACAUGCUGAACCUCACCAACAUGAUCCCAGCGGAGGCUCCAGUGCGGGUGAAGGGACACACACCCUCCCUGUGGGCUGCAGCCGUUGCCUUCAUCACCCUCACCUUGGCUUUGGGGCUUGUUGCUCUGGUUGUGCUUUUGUGGACGUAGGAAUGGACAGAGGGAUCAUUAUUCCGCAGUGCCCUAUGGAUGCCAGGCUGCAAGUGCAGCUGGCUGCAGAUCUUGCUGAGCUGGAUCUUCCCCAUGGCUGUGCCCUUACCUUUGCCUUUGGUUCUGCUCACUCCUUAUCUGCCCUGUGCAUGAUUCACUUUGUUAUUUGCUGGGAGCACGUCUGCCUCCCGGCAGCACGGAGCUGACCUUUGCAGUUGUUGCAGAAAGGCAAGCACCCAGCCGCUCUCGUUAUUCAGAAGUAAACACUGGAAAAGGCA